UGUUUUGCACCGUAGAAGAAGAAGGAGACGACACAAAUCAGACGUAGAAGAAGAAAAUUCUUCGAGUUUGUUUUCGGCUCCCAAGUUUUGCGAUAAUAUAAAAUCACAGAAACAGCCAGGACAGAAGGGAUCAGAGCCGGGAUCAGAACCGGAGUCGGGACCGGAAUCGGAGCCAGGGUCAGAGCCGGGACAGAGGACAUCAGGACCGGGACUCGUGAAACGCCUUCAGAGGAAACCAGUCUGACCUCCUGGACGCCGAGUAAGGAGCUGCGGGACUCUCUGGUGGACAUGUACAAAGAUAAUCCCAGAGUUAACGAGGAACUGCGACGUCGUCUGCCUUCACCUGCGAGACAGCAGCUCAGCAACACAGCACAGCAACUGGGCAGCACUGAGAGAUUGGAGGUCGUUGCUGGUUUUCAAGCCCCCCAGCCCCUGACAGAGGUCUCACCUGUGUCCCACAGGAGGUCCGCCUCCCCCGUCUCCCCGCUCCUUAACAGGAGUUCUGUCUCCCCCAUUUCCAUCAGGAGGUCCGUCUCCCCCGUCUCCCCCCUCUCCCACAGGAGGUCGGUCUCGCCCGUCUCCCCCCUCUCCCAGAGGAGGUCGGCGUCUCCGUUGUCUGGCAGGGCUGCUGGAGCGGUUGGGGGGAUGGAGGAGGGGGAGGAGUUCUCCCCCGGCAGAGGUGCGUCUCCUCGGGCAGACUGGCCUGUGGAGGGCGCUGUUUCUAGCCCCGCCCCCAGAAGACACCUGCUGAGUGCGGACAGCCGGAGCUCAGCACGGCGUCCUAAUGAAGAUAAAAACAUCUCGCUGCUCCUGAAGGAACUCGACAGCCUGAGACUGACCAACAGCACGCUGCAGGAGCAACUUGUCCUGAAGGAGAAGGAGCUGAGGAGCAGGGAGGUGGACGAGAAGCUGAAGGAGGAGCUGCAGGAGGUGCAGCGCUGGGAAAGACCCACGGCGCUGUUGGAGGAGGUGCUGGCCGCUCAGAAGCAAAGGGAUCAGGCUCUGAUGUCACGACUCCUGCUGGCCAAUGAGGAGCGAGACGAAGCUCUGCUUCGCGUCCGCCGUCUGCAGCAAGCGGCCGAGACGGACGCCAGUCGCCUGGACACUAGAGAGCAGGACGUAGACGAGCUGCUCCGCCGCGUCUGCCACGCCGACUCGGCCCACGAGAUCCGCCACGCCGGAUCCGCUCUGGUUCAGCGGCUGCGGUUGGCAUGGCAACGGAGAAAUGACAUCACGGCGCAGGAAAUGAACGCCGUGAUGGAGGAGAGAGACGCGUCUGUGGUCAAGGUGAGCCGUUUAACGUCUGAGGACCUGAUGCAGGACAGUGAGCAGCAGUCAAGCCAGGAGCAGCUGUUGAGCCUGCAGAGGGACCGAAACAGAGCGCUGGAGGACCGGAGGCGGCUGGAGGCGGAGCUUAAGGCACUGCGCUCCAAUCAGAGCCUUCAGGACUUGGCUCCGCCCCUCUCAUCCCUCUUUGGCCCGCACCCUCAGGACCCCGCCCUGCUGGUCGAGCUGCAGCAGCUGUCACUGGAGAAGCAGAUGGAGGCGGAGCUUCAGCGCUGCCAGGAGGCGGAGCGAGACGCGUUCAUGAGUGACCUGUUGGAGCGUCUGGUGGAGGUGUUGAGGAAGAAGGUGGGGAGUGGACGUCUCCGCGCCGUCGUCUGAUCAGGCCGAUGAUUCACCCGUUUGUUUACAAGUUUGUCUCUUUAUGAUUGUUGUUGUUGUUGUUUACUUUUCUGCUCUUCGUUUUGGUUUCAACUCAAAUUUGAACAAUAAAAAUACA